CUAUUUUUGACCUGAUUUUAAGAAACUGCUAUGCUGUAUUAUUACAUAAAGUUUUUGGUUAAGAGCCUUUGGGAGAAACAGUCAGUUCCCUUGAAAAUGUGGAAAAGGUAUUUAAAGCGCUGCUGCUGCUGCUGCGUCACCUUAUAGCUGGACAAGACUGAAGGAGCAGCAGCCGCAUUGUAGUUCCCUCUCAUUGCUGCCAAGGGAGGGGGAUGCAGCCAUGACAGAAGCUGGCAAGGAGGAAGAGGAGGAGAAGAAGAAGAGAACAGUGAAAAGGACAAGGUGGCCACUGGGAAGAGCUGGCCGGCAGCCCAAUUUGAGAGGCUUCCUGACCCACAGGUGGGGAAACAUUUCCCCCCUGAAAAUACUGUGCAUGUAGCCCUGGCCUCAUCGGAGCUUGGAAGGGGGCACGAGUUUGGUUGCGAGAAAAUGGCCAGCAUUAUCCAAGUACUGUACUUUCCUGUGCGGAGGGAGUCGUCGUGUUCACGACCGAUUAUGAUCAGGUAUAUACUUACAAACAGUGUUCAAUCACACACCAAAAAGUAACAGCUAUGCAGCCUAUAAGCGCCGAUGGUCUGGAAGACAUGGCAGCACUGAUAGAUCUCCACGAGGGCGCCAUCAUGCACAACCUAUUCCAGCGAUACCAGCAAGACAAAAUUUAUACUUACAUUGGUUCCAUUGUUGCCUCAGUCAACCCCUACAAAAUCAUUCCUGGCCUGUACGACCGAACCACAGUGGAGCUAUACAGCCGGCACCGCCUGGGAGAGAUUUCACCUCAUAUUUUUGCAGUGGCAAAUGAAUGCUAUCGCUGCCUAUGGAAGCGUCAUGACAACCAGUGUGUUCUCAUCAGUGGUGAAAGCGGGGCUGGUAAAACAGAAAGCACUAAACUGAUCCUCAAGUUUUUGUCUGCUAUGAGCCAACAUUCACUGGAACUCUCUUGUAAGGAGAAGACCUCGACUGUUGAACAAGCCAUUUUGGAGAGCAGCCCUAUUAUGGAAGCUUUCGGCAAUGCAAAGACGGUUUACAAUAACAACUCAAGUCGCUUUGGAAAGUUUGUUCAGCUGAACUUCUGUCAGAAAGGCAACAUUCAGGGAGGAAAAAUUGUAGAUUAUUUAUUAGAAAAGAAUCGAGUAGUGAGACAAAAUCCAGGAGAGAGAAAUUAUCACAUAUUCUAUGCCCUGCUGGCAGGGGUUGAGGGAGAAAUGAAAGAUGCAUUUUACCUAUCUGUACCAGAGAACUAUCACUACCUGAACCAGUCCAGCUGUGUAGCAGACAAGACAAUCAAUGACAAGGAAUCUUUCCGAGAAGUCAUUACUGCAAUGGAAGUGAUGCAGUUUACCACUGAAGAGGUAUAUGACGUCCUUAGACUGCUUGCAGGGAUUUUGCACCUGGGCAACAUUGAAUUUAUGACUGCCGGUGGAGCACAGGUGUCCUUCAAAACAGCUCUGAGUAGAUCCUCAGAGUUACUUGGACUGGACUCCACGCAGCUAACUGAAGCACUGACACAGAGAUCAAUGAUACUCAGGGGAGAAGAAAUUUUAACGCCUCUCAGUGUUCAGCAGGCAAUAGAUAGCAGAGAUUCGAUGGCGAUGGCACUUUAUUCCCAGUGUUUUGCUUGGGUUAUUAAAAAAAUCAACAGCCGAAUAAAAGGCAACAAUGACUUCAAGUCCAUUGGGAUUUUGGAUAUCUUUGGAUUCGAGAAUUUUGAGGUCAAUCGCUUUGAGCAGUUCAGUAUUAACUAUGCAAAUGAGAAGCUGCAGGAGUAUUUCAACAAGCACAUUUUUUCAUUAGAGCAGUUGGAAUAUAGCAAAGAGGGACUGAUGUGGGAAGACAUCAACUGGACAGAUAAUGGGGAGUGCUUGGAUCUCAUUGAAAAAAAACUCGGUUUGUUAGCACUUAUUAAUGAAGAAAGCCAUUUCCCUCAAGCGACUGACAGCACCUUGCUGGCAAAGUUACACAUCCAACAUUCAAGCAAUCCUUUUUAUGUGAAACCAAGAGUUGCUGUCCACAACUUCGGAGUGAAACACUAUGCUGGGGAGGUCCAGUAUGAUGUCAGAGGAAUCUUGGAGAAAAACAGGGACACCUUCCGGGAUGAUCUCCUGAACCUGCUACAGGAAAGCAGCCUUGAUUUCAUUUAUGACCUCUUUGAACACGUUUUGAGCCGCAGCAGUCAAGACACCCUGAAAGGUGGCAGCAAGCGCCGGAAGCCCACUGUCAGCCUCCACUUCAGGGAUUCGCUGCAUUCUUUAAUGGCAACACUGAGCGCAUCGAACCCGUUCUUUGUCCGCUGCAUCAAGCCAAACAUGCACAAGAUGCCAGACCAGUUUGAUCAGAACGUGGUCCUGAACCAGUUACGCUACUCUGGCAUGCUUGAAACAGUGCGGAUUCGGAAAGCUGGUUUUCCAGUACGAAGACCAUUCCUGGACUUUCUUAAAAGGUACAAAGUCCUGAUGAGAAAUUUGACUCUCCCAGAAGACAUGAAAGGGAGGUGUGCAGCACUCCUUCACCUGUAUGAUCCCACAAGCACGGAAUGGCAGCUUGGGAAAUCGAAGGUGUUUCUUCGGGAGUCUUUGGAACACAGGCUGGAAAAACAGCGAGAGACUGAAGUGGCGAAGGCCUCCAUGGUCAUUCGAGCUCAUGUCUUGGGCUAUCUGGCGCGAAAGCAGUACCGGAAAAUCCGUUAUCAUGUGGUUGUCAUACAGAAGAACUACAGAGCUUUCCUCCUCAGGAGGGAAUACCUGCUGCUGAAGAAGGCAACGAUCACCUUCCAGAAACAGCUGCGAGGCCAAAUCGCCCGGCGUGUUUACAAACGGUUGCUGGAGGAGAAACGACAGCAAGAGGAGGAGAAGAGGAGGAAGGAGGAGGAGGAGGAAAGGAAGCGACAAGAAGCAGAAUGUCUUGCUCAGCAGGCUGAAGAAGAGAGGCGGCAGCAGGAGCGGGCAGCCCUUCAGGAAGCCCAAAAGGAAGAAGCUCUCAAGCAAGAACUGCAGAAGCAAAGAGAAAACAGGCAGGUGGAAGAGAUCCUUCGCCUUGAAAAGGAGAUCGAAGACCUGCAGCACAUGAAGGAGCAGCAAGAGCUCUCCUUGACCGAAGCCUCAUUGCAGAGGCUGCAGCAACUCAGGGAUGAGGAACUGAAGCGUUUGGAGGACGAGGCCUGCCGGGCAGCCCAGGAGUUUUUGGAGUCCCUGAACUUUGAUGAAAUUGAUGAAUGUGUCCGAAACAUUGAGAGAACCCUUUCCGUGGGCAGUGGGUUCUGCCCAGAGCGUCACAACUUGACUGGGAAUGCAGGCAUCGAAAAACCAAGUUUUAACUUCAGCCAGCCGUACCCUGAGGAGGAGGUUGAUGAGGGAUUUGAAGCUGAUGACGACGCUUUCAAGGAUUCUCCGAACCCAAGUGAGCAUGGCCACUCGGACCAAAGGACCAGCGGGAUCAGGACGAGUGACGACUCUUCUGAAGAGGAUCCGUACAUGAAUGAUGCGGCUGCGCCGGCAAGUCCUGCCACUGGCGACAGCACCCUGGUGGCUUCUAGUCUUGACUUGCUCAGUCUCCACAACUCCUCAAGCGGAGAAUCCACGUACUGCAUGCCAGAAAACCUCCCCCGCCCGCCCCAGAGUCCCACUGACGUGAUUUCUCCUGAUGGGGACUAUGAUUAUGAUCAAGACGACUAUGAAGACGGAGCCAUCACUUCUGGAAGCAGCAUCACCUUUUCUAAUUCUCUCAGCAGCCAGUGGUCCCCUGACUACCGCUGCUCGGUGGGGACAUACGGCAGCUCUGGAGUGUACAGGUUCAGCUCAGAAGGCGCUCAGUCCUCCUUUGAAGACAGCGAGGAAGAUUUUGACUCCAGGUUUGAUACAGAUGACGAACUUUCUUAUCGGCGGGAUUCUGUCUAUAGCUGUGUCAGCCUGCCCUAUUUCCACAGCUUUUUAUCCAUGAAAGGUGGCCUAAUGAAUACAUGGAAGCGCCGUUGGUGCGUCCUGAAAGACGAGACUUUCUUGUGGUUCCGCUCGAAACAGGAAGCGCUCAAGCAGGGCUGGCUGCACAAGAAAGGUGGUGGGUCGUCUACGCUAUCCAGAAGGAACUGGAAGAAACGCUGGUUUGUUCUUCGACAGUCCCGAUUGAUGUACUUUGAAAACGACAGUGAAGAAAAGCUCAAAGGGACGCUCGACAUCCGAACAGCCAAAGAUAUAAUUGAUAACACUAGCAAAGAAAAUGGAAUUGACAUAGUCAUGGCAGACAGAACCUAUCACUUGAUUGCUGAAUCUCCUGAAGAUGCAAGUCAGUGGUUCAGUGUUCUGAGUCAAGUUCAUGCCUCCACAGAACAGGAAAUCCAAGAGAUGCACGAUGAGCAGGCAAAUCCACAAAAUGCAGUGGGCACACUGGAUGUGGGGAUGAUUGACUCUGUCUGUGCAUCUGACAACCCAGAUCGGCCCAACUCCUUUGUGAUCAUCACCGCUAACCGAGUUCUUCACUGCAAUUCAGACACUCCAGAGGAGAUGCAUCACUGGAUCACUCUGCUGCAGAGGUCCAAGGGGGAUACGCGAGUAGAGGGGCAGGAGUUCAUAGUGAGGGGAUGGCUGCACAAGGAGGUUAAGAAUAAUCCCAAGAUGACUUCAUUGAAGCUGAAGAAACGGUGGUUUGUGCUGACACACAAUUCUUUGGAUUACUACAAGAGCUCAGAGAAGAAUGCCCUCAAAUUGGGUACUCUUGUGUUAAACAGCCUCUGCUCUGUCGCACCCCCAGAUGAGAAAACCUUUAAAGAGACAGGCUACUGGAAUGUUACUGUCUAUGGCCGCAAGCACUCUUACCGCCUUUACACCAAGUUGCUCAAUGAAGCCACUCGCUGGUCAGGUGCUAUACAGAAUGUGACGGAUACGAAAGCCCCAAUUGACACUCCUACUCAGCAACUUAUUCAAGACAUUAAGGAGAACUGUCUAAACCCUGACGUUGUUGAGCAGAUCUAUAAGAGGAAUCCUAUUCUUCGUUACACACAACAUCCACUCCAUUCCCCGCUGUUGCCUCUUCCAUACGGGGACAUCAGUUUGAAUGUGCUGAAAGACAAAGGCUACACCACUCUCCAGGACGAAGCCAUCAAGAUAUUUCAUUCUCUUCAACAGCUGGAGUCCCUGUCAGAUCCCGUUCCCAUAAUCCAGGGCGUUCUCCAGACAGGGCAUGAUUUGCGGCCUCUGCGAGAUGAGCUUUAUUGCCAGCUCAUCAAACAGACCAACAAAGUGCCCAAUCCGGGGAGUGUGGGCAAUCUACACAGUUGGCAGAUUCUCACCUGCAUGAGCUGCAUGUUUCUGCCAAGCCGGGGUAUCCUCAAGUACUUGAAGUUUCACCUAAAAAGGGUCUGCGACCAGUUUCCGGGCACUGAAAUGGAAAAAAAUGCCCUUUUCAUUUAUGAAUCCCUUAAGAAGACCAAGAGCAGAGAAUUUGUGCCAUCCAGGGAUGAAAUUGAAGCUCUGAUCCACAGGCGGGAGAUGACAUCAACAGUCUACUGUCAUGGUGGAGGAUCCUGUAAGAUCACUAUCAACUCCCACACUACAGCUGGUGAGGUCGUUGAGAAGUUAAUUCGAGGCCUUGCCAUGGAAGACAGCAGAAAUAUGUUUGCUUUGUUUGAAUACAACGGAACUACAGAUAAAGCCAUUGAAAGCAGAACCGUUGUGGCUGACAUCUUGGCAAAGUUUGAAAAGCUUGCUGCUGCUGCUUCAGAAGGAGGUAACGUGGUCUGGAAAUUUUACUUCAAGCUCUACUGUUUCUUAGACACUGAGCAUGUGCCAAAAGACAGCGUGGAGUUUGCUUUCAUGUUUGAACAGGCACAUGAAGCAGUGAUUCGAGGACAUUAUCCCGCUCCUGAAGAAACCCUCCAGAUCCUUGCUGCCCUGCGGCUCCAGUACCUGCAAGGUGAUUAUACUUCAUCCAACAUCACAGUACCAGAAAUGGAAGAAGUGUAUCCAUUGCAGAGGCUGAAAUCACGCAUCAUCCAGUCCACCAAAACAUCUACCCCAGCAGAGAGGCUGGAGAGGAAAAGGACCAACUUUCUGGAUGGAACCCUACGGAAGAGCUUCCGCAGCAGCUCUGUCAGCAAGCAGAAGAUGGAAGAGGAUCAGAUGCUUGACAUGUGGGUCAAAGAGGAGGUUUCUGCUGUCAGGACGAGUGUGAUGGAUAAGUGGAAAAAAAUUCAGGGAAUGAACCAAGCACAAGCAAUGGCCAAAUACAUGAGCUUCAUGAAGGAGUGGUCGGGCUACGGGUCAACCCUCUUUGAUGUCGAGUGCAAAGGAGGAGGAUUCCCGCAGGAGCUUUGGUUGGGUGUUAGUGCCGACUCAGUUUCUGUGUACAGGCGUGGCGAGGGUCGACCACUUGAAGUCUUCCAGUAUGAGCAUAUCCUCUCCUUUGGGGCUCCCUUUGCCAACACCUACAAGAUUGUUGUUGAUGAGCGAGAGCUGCUGUUUGGGACCAGUGAGGUGGUUGACAUUGCCAAACUGAUGAAAGCCUAUAUCAGCAUGAUUGUGAAGAAACGUUACAGCACCUCUCAAUCAGUGAGUAGCCAUGGAAGUCAAGGCAGUUCCAGGUGAAACCCAAGAAUAUGCCUCGUGCCCCCUUCGCAUCAGGGCCCGUCACUGCCAGCUUCUCCAGAUAUGGAGACUUGAAAGCACCUCUGAAGCAACACAAACAGCCACGUUUCUGGCAGCACCUUUGGUCAACGUUUGUUUUUCCACAAGUUCAUCUAACAUCUGCUCCUCUACUAAACUCACUGAUGGGCACGCAUCAAGCUUUCCAAACCUUUGUUACCUCUAAAUAACAUACUGUUAUGCCUUAACUUAACACCGCCCUCCAAGCAGGAAGAAGUGCCUUAAAUAGACUAAAGCCAACUAGCAUUGACUGUUGCUGUAUUAGCAGAGGGGAUUUUUUUAAAAAAAUUAAACCACUUAGUGUAUUAAGGAAGAGCUAAUUCAGCCGUCUUGCACUGCCCAACUGUCGGGUUCAUGCGUGAUGAAGAAAAGAAGCGUCUCAGUCGGAAUGCUGCCGGCGGCUUUCCUGGCAGAUUUUAUUAACCGCAUGGUGUUCCUGCCCCUUUUCUUUCAGGCGUGUGACCCAGAUCAGCACCUAACUUUUACAGGUUGUAAAAUGAGGAGAAAAGUAAAGGGAAGAUUUAUGUGCAAUGGUGUAAACAGUCUUUCUGUACAUUUUAAUAGACCAGAGCUAUAGUUGUUCCAGUUGUAGACUUUCUUUAAUAGUCCGGUUUAUAAGAAAUUUCAGGAUUUUCUUUUUUUUAAUUGUAUCUUCGAAAAAGAAAUUUUUUCAUCCUUCGUUACAUAUGUAACACAUCUGCAUUUCUUUCCCUCCUGUAUUAUAGAUAACACAUAUAGUUGAAAGAAACUGUAUUUAUAGACUGUCCUUAAUAUGGAAAUGCUACUAUCAGCACAUUAUUCUAUCAUUUGUCUUGCAUUUAUAAUUUUUUAAGAUAUUAAAAUUUCUUUUUUAAAUAAA